CUGAUAGCCCCCUCUUCUCAAUGAAUUUGGUGUCCAUCAGGAAUGAGUCACACAGUUUAACUCUGCGCUGCAGGCAGACGCCUCUGCCUUCUUGCAUGCAAGGUCGAUUCUUUAUCACUGUGUCUGGCUCCUCAAGGCCUUCAUCAAGAAACAUGCCUCCCGAGUUGUUGUUCUGGGCACCGUCCCAGAGAUCAGCAGGGCAAAGGAAGCCGCUCAGGCUUCGGCGGCAAAUCCAGACCUCGCCCCGGCCUCUGGCAUUCCAAGGCCUCUUCUAAAAGCGUCCCUUGGCAGUUGUUAUUCUGGGCACCCACCCAGCAGCUUCGCAGGGGCGAAGGAAUCCACACAACCUCCGGCAGCAAGUCCAGGCAUGCCGCCGGAUCCAGCCCCUCGUUAGCCUGCCCCCUUCCUCUCUGUCUCUCGGCAGCGGGAACCUUGGUCCUGGCACCGACCCACAGCAGGCCUCGGCCCCCCUGAAGCGUGCGAUGGGUCAUCAAUGGCUGGCUUUGGCUCUGAUACUGGCUGCCGCAACUGCUCCCAACCGCACGGCAGGCAACGUGCCUGAGUCAGAGGUCCCGGACGCACCCUGCCCUCAGGAAGAGAAUCCGACAGCGCCGUCAGGAGAGCCGCACGUGGCACCCAGGUUCAGCACAUGCAUGCUGCAGUGCGCUGCACAGGCGAUGCUUGGGAUGGUUGGCGCCAAGAGCUCCGUCUCCUUGAAGCUCAACGAAGGCAGGGAAGGUGAGGACUACGAAUUUUGCUGGAUGCUGCAUCUCCGCUGCCAGAAGGGAGAGAGACUCACCAAAGCCUUUGUUCUCCUGAACCUGGAGCAGCCCCCAGGGGGAGGCCAGCCACCUCCCUACAGGCUCCUCCUCACCACUCCUCCCUCCCUGCGCCAGUACUUCCGAGCCCGCCAAGGGAACCGACGUGCACUGUUGAGCAGGGAAGCCUGCGGUGUCCGCUUCGACGUGACGGAGCCCUUCCUCAGCGCCGAGGGAGGCCAGGAGGCCAAGAUGUGCGUCAAGGCUGUCUGUCCAGAAGACGAUGCCUGUGGGGCCUUGCGUUGCCCGCCAUUCUUGGCCACUUUGUGGCGCAGCGUGCCCAGGCCGGAUGGCUAGGCAACAGGAAGGUGGAUGGGCUCGCUCCACGGCGGAGUAUGACGCCUAGCAACUGUUGGGACUUGAGGGUGUGAGGGAAAGGGCACACAGACUGAUAUACGCACAAACACACACUCCAGUUCUGCCAUUAGCACGUUGGAGGUAGUUUCCUGACAAACUUUACUUCAGUGUUCAUUUCUGCUUGGCAGUGUCAAAGUUACGUCAAACAACGGAAGUAGAUCUUAAUAUAUAUCUAUAUUCGUGUAUGCUAAAGGGAACGUCGAAGGAACCAAAGUAUCAACCAAGAGUCUCCAGCAUGGUACAUAUGGGUGCAAUGAUGCAUUUUCAUAUCUUCCUCCGAGGCUCACAAAGCCUCUGAGCCCACGCUCAGUCUCUUUGCCCCCCUUGUCAAGAGGGUGGUUAUCUUUUUCUCCUUUGAAAUGUACAAAGAGCUGAAGGAGGAAGUUGGAAGAAUGAUGCUCUUUCCUGCUUCCUCUUUCAGCUCUACAUGCUUUCCCAAACUCAGAUGAAUACUACUGGCUCCAGCUUUCCCCCAGAUCCCUCAGCAAAGCAAAGACUGUCUCUGUGCACGAUCUGUCUUGGGUGGGAUAGAGAGAAGUGACCAGAGUGGGUGGUGUCCACAUGGGUCUAAAAUGACUGGUGACCAUUGGUAUAAGCUAACAAGUAGGGAUAUACAUCUAUAGUAUGCAAAGUGUCAUUACUCCCAGGUUGCAACUGCUGCAACUUAAGGGGCUCAGCUGGGUGCCAGAGCGGGGUAAAUGGCUCUAGCAGAGCUCCAGGUCCACGUGGUAUGCUUAAACUUGCUGACACAACUACCUUAAAUAUGCUUCACCCACACUGCCAUCCAGCAGGUGAUGUGCUGUGGGUACCAGAAGCAGGUGGGAAUGGAGGCUGCUGAACUAGCAGCAGCUGUAGUCUGGAGGAAAGGCCAUAGCUCAUUGCUGGAACAUCUGCUUUGCAUGCAGAAGGUCCCAGAUUCAAUUCCUGGUAUGUCCAGGUAGGGCUGGGAAUACCCUCCACCUAAACCCCUGGAGAGCCACUGUCAGUCAGUGUAUGCAAUACUGAGCUAGAUGGACCAAUGACCUAACUCAGUAUAAGGCUUCUUCCUACAGUAAGACAAUGUGAAGCAGGUUUCUCUCUCCCGUGGCACCGCCUGGAUGUCUGUACCGCACACUAAAUGCUUAUAGAUGUAAAGUUAAGAUGUAUCUUUUUCUUCAAGCUAUGGAGAUGACUGAUGUUUUCUGCUGUUGGAAUUUCUGUUUUAUAAUGUUCUUGGUUUUGUGAUUUUUAUAUAUUGAUGUAUUUUAAUGGACUGUAGUUUACUGUCCUUGGAAUUUUUGAAUCGAAAGGUGCGUUACAAAGCUAAUAAAACAUC